CAGUUCUCUCCUUCUCCUCACAGCUCACGCCCUAGCCCUAUUUUCUUCUACAUAUGAACCGUGUCCAUUAACUCGAUUGUCGUCGUCCCUCCCGCCGUUGCUCGCUGCUCCUCGUCCGUGCCGCUGCCUAUUCAGUUGCUCUGUCCUCUCGCCGCCGAUUGCACGGAAUCCAAACAGGAUCAUGAUGAGUAUCUUUUUCUCUCUGUUGAUGAUGAUGGAGGACACAGAAGGCAAUUUGGCCAAGUUUGACGCCUUCAUAGACCCAUACAAAGAUGAUUUAAAGAAGCUCGAGGGUGAGCAGAAGAUGGAGAUUAUCCGCCGCAUUAUCAAGAUGCGGAAUUACGAUGAAGUAGAUGCUUGCGAACUUCGCUUGCUUCUGCGCCCAGUAGGAAAUUCAUACGAGAAUAAUCACGACAGGGAGAAUAAUUUUGCUCCUUUGCCGGAAAAGUUCCGACGAAGGAUCGAAAACAUGAACGGGUCUAACCCGGUAUUGGUGAUUCAGAAAGAAUUAUUCAAAACCGACGUGAGUCCUCAUCAUGGCCGUUUGGCAAUGCCGGAAAGCCAAAUUCGCGAGGAAUUUUUUCUCUUUCAUGAAGAACUGCAGCUGCCGGAGAUCAAGGCGACGUUGAUCGGGCCGUCGAGACAAUUCGAGUGCUGUGUGACCUUGAAGAAGUGGAACAUGGCCAAGAAAUCCCACAGCGUGAAAUCCCGCAGAGUCACGUCGACGUACAAUUUGGUGUCUGGUUGGAACUCCUUCGUGUCGGCGAACCAUCUCCGGGAAGGCAUGGCGGUGCAGGUUUGGGCGUUCAGAAAGGAGUCGAAGCUCUGCUUUGCGCUGGUUAAAGUUGGGGGCGACGACGAAGAUGAAGAAGAUGAAUGAAGCUCGAGCCGGCAGUGCGUGGAGAAGAUGGUUCCAUUCCACAUAUAUAUGCAUGAACCUAAGCAUGCAUGUAUGGUGAGUUUAGUUUCUCUCAGCAUUACUUGUUGUUUGAAGAGGAGGAUGCAGAUUUAGUUCUUUUUCUAGUGUGAGUUGAGGUUUGGUUUGGUUUGGUUUGUUUCUGAGCAGAUUUAGUUUAGUUUCUCUCAGCAUUACUUGUUGUUUGAGGAGAAGGAUGCAGAUUUAGUUCUUUUAAUUUCUAGUGUGAGUGAGGUUUAAUUUGGUUUGUUUUUGAGCUCUGGAGGAUGCUGUUAA